AUGUCAAAGCCAAAUGGAACUUCAGACUUGCAUCCCGUCGGAACUGACGACAAAGACCUGGAACCAUCUUUAUCACCAUCAGCUCAAGAAAGCGUUGAUGCGCGUGGAAAAUCUCAUGGUCCAUCCAAGUCCACCGCCCCUCCCAAAGACACAGGCAUCUACGCCUCCGACUUGGAAGCGCCAACUGGUGAACCUGUAAUCGGAGUGAGUAAGGUCGAGGCUUUCAACAAGGUCCUGUAUGAGUCGGGCAGGUCGGGGAAGAUACUGCUCUGGCUGCUGGGCAUCUCCAUUGGCCUGACCAUGUUUGCCUACGCCCUCGACCAGGGCAUCACCUCGAGCAUCUUUACGACCAUGGCCAGUUCGACAUUCGGAGUGCACGCCUCGAUCGCGGCCGUCAGUACCGCCAGCCAGAUCAUCCGCGCCAUUAGCAAGCCUUUUAUCGGUAAACUAGCAGACAUUACCUCUCGUCCCACCACCUACGUCGUUAUCCUCUUCUUCUACGUGAUCGGCUUUAUCGUCGCGGCUAGCUCGAGCACUUUUGCGGCCUAUACGAUUGGGAUUUCCUUUACCGCCGUUGGGAAAUCGGGCCUCGAUUUAUUGAGCGAUAUUAUUGUUGGAGACUUGACACCGCUCCAGUGGCGAGGUUUCUUCGGUGCGGUUAUAUCAUUACCCUUUGUUGUCACUGUACCUAUCAACGGCUUUAUAGCUGAGGCCUUUGUUGAUGACUGGCGAUGGGGUCUCGGUAUGUUUACAAUCGUUGUACCUGUUCUACUUCUCCCCGCCAUCUUUACGCUAUACUCGAUGCAACGACGCGGAGAAAAACUGGGUAUGGUGACAAUGGCUGCUUCAAGGCGCGAGAGGAUCGGGAACUCGAAGGAGUCGAUAACCUCGACGAGCCCAACCUACUGGAUGAAGCUUAUGCUCGAAGGACUCAACGAAAUCGAUAUGAUCGGACUCAUUAUCCUCGGGUUUGCGUUUGCGCUCAUCCUGCUGCCCUUUACCCUAGCAGAGGACGCCGAUGGUGGCUGGGGUAACGCCAGCAUGAUCGCCAUGCUGGUAAUCGGGUUCGUCCUCCUUAUUACCUUUAUACUCUUCGAAAUAUACCUGGCCCCAAAGCCGCUCAUGACGAAGCGCAUUCUAAAGAACCGGACGUUUGGAGCCGCGGUCGCCAUCUACACCUUCAACCAGAUGGCCUCGUCGGUUCGAAAUACCUACUUUUCGUCGUAUAUAUACGUUAUCAAGGAAUGGACGACGUACCAGUGGACUAUAUUCUUGGGCAUCACUACGAUGGGACUCAGUCUGCUGGGCCCUGUUGUGGGUCUCAUCCAACGAAGGACACAUCGGUACAAGACCAUGAUGUUGUUCGGGGCUGGGGCGAGACUCAUCGCGUAUGGCCUGCUGGUUCGGGCUGAUGGUCUGAUGAUACAAGGCACGGCCCGAUUGGUCGCCGCCCAGUUGAUAUUCUGCUUGGGAUCGUUCAACGUCGUCGGCGUCCGUGUGGGCAGUCAGGCUUCGGUACCACAUGAGGACAUGGCCACGAUGAUCUCUGUUCUGACGCUAUGGUCAACCUUGGGGUCAUCCAUUGGCAGUGCCAUCUCGUCGGCCAUCUGGACGAAUGAGAUGCUCGACCGCAUGCGCCGAGACAUGCCUGGGGUCGACGAGGCAACGCUUCGGAAGCUCUACGGUAGCAUCAGAAGCCUACGCACCGGCUACGAGUUUGAAGAUCCCAUCAGGCAGGGCGCCAUCCGCGCUUAUGCCUACGUCAAUGGCCACAUCGCCAUCACGGCCCUUGUCCUGGCUGCCGUGCCUUUGGUCGCGACGCUCUUCAUGCCCGAUUACUACCUCGGGAAGCAACAAAACGCCGUCACGAACACGGGUCUCGAUGGCGAGCCCGUGGAACCUCCCCCACGAGCGUCUGGCAGACGAGAACAGCGUAUCACUGGCCGGGAGCCGAGCUCGUUCUAUCGCAGGUGGAUUGCCGCCUAUUAUAAGGCGUAA